AAAGAAACUCCUGGAAAAAAAGUUUAAUUUUAUUAAAAUGGCGGCGUACAUGGACGGAUGAAGGAAAGCAAAUUCUACGGGAAAUCGAGCCUAGAAAAGUGGCCAGAAUUGAAUAGGAGAAGAAACUUGAGGUUCACACUCAAGUUGAGUGAUGGAAGAAUCUGCAAGGUGUAAUGACUUGUUGAUUGAUGAGGACACAGCUAGAUCAUGGGAAAGUGAACAGAGAAAACUAAAGCAGAAGCUUAUUGAAGAUGACACAGAGGGUUGGCAGUCUGGUGGACCUCCUUUCACUGAUCUUCAUUACAUUGGAGGAGUGGAUAUCUCCUUUGUGAAAACCAGUACCAGUCUUGCCUGUGUCUCUCUCAUUAUAUGCAAGUUUCCAGAUCUUGAGGUAGUGUAUGAAGACUGUCAGACUAUUCACAUGACCCAGCCAUACAUCUCUGGCUUCCUAGCAUUCAGAGAAGUACCUUUCUUCUUGGAAUGCCUUGACAGGUUACGCAGCACCAAACCUGACCUCGUCCCUCAGAUCAUUUUUGUGGAUGGUAAUGGCAUUCUUCAUCAAAGAGGAUUUGGUACAGCGUGUCAUCUUGGUGUGUUGUCAGGGAUUCCUACAGUAGGAAUAGCAAAGAAAUUGAGUCACAUAGACAACAUCCAGAAAGAUGAUGAACAUGCACGCAAGGUGAGAUAUAAUUAAUGAUGAUGUCAAAUA